CUAUAAGACUACGGGCACCCAACACGUGGCUCCCCCUCUCCUUCCCGUUCGACUCCCCCCCCCCCCUCCCCCCACCUCUGCCGAGCGACGCGACUGCGGUGUGCGGUGGUCAGCGCAGCGCGGGCAGUCGUAUCACGCCAGCCAUCAGUCAGUGUCGGGCGAGCCGCUGUCGCCAGAGUGCCCAAGCUCGAGCGAGCCGUGUGAACGUGUCUGAGGGAAAGGAGGAGCUCCGCCGUCGCCAGGAUGGAGUGCAGCAUCUGUUUUGAACGCUUUGAUAGUACCGAGCGCCUGCCAAAAGUUCUUGGCUGUGGACACACAUUUUGCUUUAAAUGCCUGGAGAAGCCGUCUCUAAAGCAGUGUCCCCUGGAUCAAACGGAACUUCCGGAUGACCCUCAAAAGUUCUUGACGAACUAUUUUGUCGCGGACAUGAUUCGCCGGGAGGCAAGCCCCAAGACAGUUGCGCCUCGCCGCUUCUGGUGCCGGGACUGCGGGAACAUGGCGGUGGACUCCUGCAUGGACGGCCACACCGUGACGGCGGCCUCGGCGGCGUUACGCUCCGCACUGCUCCCGGCGGCUAAGCGGGUGGCGCUGCAGGCCGAGGUGCUCAAGGACAUCCAGAAGCUGCCCGAGGGCCGAGCUGUGCGUGCCAUGCAGGUGCUGUUGGGCCCCGCUGCGUCCUGCACCCUCGCGUUUCAAGACAAGCACCGCAAGUGGCAGACGGACCUGGAGCUGGCGGCAGCGUCCGAAGCGGGUGCGCAGGUGGAUCUGCGCCGGUACUAUCUUUACGCGCUGCUUUCGAACACUGGGGUUGAUUCUGACACCCCGCAGUUCGACCAGCUCGCCGUUGAUGAAGUAGUAGACGCCCUCGGUGAAGACGUGGACCUGGCAAGAAUGACCAACGCGCAGAUAGAAACUCUCGCCGCAUCGUCAAAGCUGAAGGAGGUGCGGCGACUUAAGGGGGUGCGCGGUAGCAUGCCCUGUUGUCUCCAGUUGCUUCAGGGAGUUGCGCCCCACCUGGAGGAGCUACAGCUGCACUAUGUUGACCGUCUGCAGCUACAGGUAGUGCUGACGAUGCCCAGGCUCGUCCGCCUCGAGCUAUGGAACUGCAGCGAAGACCUCUGGCGUUACCCGUUUAGUCUUGCUCCCGAAGAGGAACAGGAAGCCAUGACGGACAAGCAGAAACAACAGCGUGACGUUCAGCAGCAACUGCAGCAACUCAAAAGUCAGCUGGAGAAGCAGUGGUCUUCUGCUCAAGUUUCGCAGGUGCAGGCUCUAGAGCAGACACUCCAGAAGGAGCUGCAGCAGCAAGAGCUCGCCGAACGUUUGCAGCAGCGCGUCCAGUGGCUGCGCAUCGGCCACCUGCCGUACGGGUUCACCAUGAGCUAUAUUUACUCUCAGCGUUCCACGCUGGAGGAGCUCUGGCUGCUGGCGGGUACAGGGGGGCCUAUUGACAACUGGCCCUACACUUCUGGUCCAAAAGGUGGUCUGGAUGUGCUACAUAAGUUGAGAGUCAUCAAGAGAGUUGUGUUUUUAAGGCAGGGCGUCGUCCACAAAAAGUCAUGUGAUGAAUAUUGUAAAGUAAAUCAAACUAAUAAUGUUUGCAGCAGUCCCCCUGAACAAUGCUGCCACUCAUGGUCUUAUGUGAACAACAAGGGCGUGAAAGGUGACAAUAAAUAUCAAUGCGAAUAUUGUACGCCUGGUGUCCUUGUUCCACCGUUCUAAAUAUCUAGAACGGCUAUUUCCAUCGGAACUGAGUUAGACUUUUUGGCGACUUUUACUGAGAAAUUGUUGCAUAAUCUUGUUUUGGAUUAAAUUACUUAUGUUAAAUUAC